UUUUAAAUUUGAUUUUGAUUCGUUUUUUUCUGGUUUUUGUUUGAUUUGUAUUUUCCAGGUGAACCCCGAUUAUCGACUUUUUGCUUUUUGCUCUUUGGUCUUUGAAUGUUGAUUACCAUGAUUAAACAACGACAACAACAACAACAACUAUCGAUAAUAUCGAUUCUUUAUUUAUUGGCUUAUUUAAUCUGUCAAACUUAUGGACAACAACCAUCAAAUAACGAUACUGGUCUUACAACAUCAACAUUAACUAUAGCAUCGGAUUAUGAUUAUACGUAUUUAAAUGAUUCAACUGAUAGUCUUCGUGGUGAUGAUGAUAAAAAAAAUCAAACAACCAAAAUAAUCAUAGAGGCUGCCACUGCAACUACUCCACAUAAUACGACUAAAAAGCAUCAAACAACAUCAAAACAUCAUCUUCCAACAACAACUGAAAAAGAUAAAGAAAAUACUGAUCCAUUAAUACCAUGGAUUGUAUUUAUUGCAUUCAUUUUCAUACCGAUGAUAUUGAUUGCAUCAAUCUUAUUGUUAUUGUUAUUCAUAACAUUAUUUGAAGAUAGAAAUCGUCGAAAAAAAUCUCAAAGCGGUGGUGGUGGUAGUGGCGGUGGUGGUUCAUCUACAAUUAUAUCAACACUUGAUUAUCCAACAAAAUUAUUACCAACAUUACCGGAUGAACAUUGUUUCCCUGAACCACAUCAACAAAUAUCAGCAAUGAUACAUGGUGAACCACGUCCUAAACAUUAUUAUCUUGAUGUUAUGACAACAGUAAAAUUUCUACAAACAAAUCAACUGUAUCAUCCACAUUCUGGAUUAUUAUUUCGUUUAUUACCAAAUGUUUUAUAUGAUCCAUUAAAACAUUGUAAUAUUCGUACGGAUAUUAGUGGCGGUAUGAUGGAAACACCAGCAUCAAAUCAAGUUUAUAGUUCAUUUACUAAUGAAGUAUUUGAACGUUAUCAAUUUAUGUCAUUUGAUCCACAACGUGAACGUUUUUAUCUUACUGAAUAUGAUACAUCGGCUAUACCAAGAUUACCUGUUGAAUUUACUCCAGAUGAUUAUUUACAAAUUUAUCAACAUUUAUUAAAUAAAUCAUCAUCCAAGAAAAAAAGUCGACAACAACCACCAUCCGUGCCACAGCCAGCAACAACAACAGGUGGUGGUGGUGGUAUUGAUACAAUAUCAAGUAAUCCACCGAAUGAUAAUAAUUUAUCACAGAAAAAACAUCCAUUAUUAUUGGAUCGUCGUGAUUUUACUAAACCACAAACAGCUGAUUAUCAUCAUACACCAAGAUCAUUAUUACCGAAAAGUGGUAAAUCUAAUAAUAGUGGUCAACCACCAACAUCUGUUGGUUUAAUUCCAAAAUUUGCUGAUGAAGAAGAAAGUCAAUAUGCAAGUGUUAUGACAACCAAAAUGUGAAUGAAAAGAAAUGAAA